UUAYAACAAAGAUUUACUCGUCUUUUUUGAACCCAUUGAUAUGGGGAAGGUGCAUUUUACGACAAGGCAAAUGAUUAGGUACGUAAUCGAGRCUAAAUCAUCUACAGUAUUCGUGCCAUACUGACUGACCCAUUCAAACAUCAAAAUUACAGACCAAUGCUGUAUGUGCCGUAAAUGAACGAUUUUUUCUGUUCUUCCAAAUUGUACCAUCUGAACUACACGAUACAUUACGACGUCCGAUUGACGGAAGAGAACUGCCUGUUUGUACUCGCAACUCUAUCGGCUCAAUUCCUGUCAUUGGAUCGGUAUCAAACAGGAAGUCCAUAAGAUGCUUGUGACUUGUUUCCGCACCGUUCUCGGCACCGCUGGGCACGUUUCUUGCGCCUGCGUUCUGUUCGGAUCGAACCUGCUCAUCGGCGUGAUCGAUGCCACGGCACGGUCCAUCGUGGAGGAAAUUUCGGCCAUCACCCUGGCACGGAUCGAACAAGACUCCAGAACCCCGCAUUCCGAACGGGUGCGCACCUUCCAGAAAAAUCGAAACGAYCCGAUCGUGUGUCGACCGGGUACCGGAAACCGAGAGGGAGGCAACGAGGGCCCCUCUCAGGUGAUGGACGAGGCAGAAACUCUGAAGAAAACCGUUUCCUACGCCAASAAAGAAUAUCCCGAGGCGACAGCAGCAACCGCUCCGACCUGGGAAACCAAACAAAACCGAAGGGACUGGCAAUCAAUCUCAUUUGCAACGAUUUGGGAGGUCACGAUCCAUCUCUUUUGCCCGACGAUUUCCAGUUUGUUUUUCCUGUGGUCGGUCCGCUAACGAAGCAGCAGUUUGUCAAAGCCUUUACAGAAUGUAAGGUUCGCGAUGCCUUUCCAACAUCAUCGGCAAACUUUUGCAACU